UGUAAUGUCGUAUUUCCUGAUGCGCGAACAAUGAGAUAAUUGUGUCAUCUCAGAUGCUGUGGGUUGUUCGACACGUAUAGACCUUAGGUCACAAGAUGUGUAAAUAAAAAUAUAAAAGAUAUAAAAGAUACGGAUAAAGGUAAAGAAAAAAGUUGUGACUGCUUUAGUUGAAUCAUGCGAGUGGAAAUACCGGAUUGCAAACGGUGCUGUUGUUUUGUACCUCUGAGAUAUGGGAUUAUCUUUUUUGGAUAUCUUAAUUUGAUAUUUGCUCUGCUUGUGGUGAGUUUGGAGACAUGGCUGGCUGUGGGUGACUCAAGCAAGCUGACGAUGACCAUGUACCGAGGUCUCUCCUUUUAUACUCAGAUGUGGUUGCCCGUGUUCCUUUAUAUACUGGAGAUUGUAUUCAACAUAAUUCUGCUCAUUGGUGCUCAUCUGAAACAGAAGAGUCUCCUACGCAUCUACUACUACUACGGAAUAACAACAACAUUAGCUACUUUCUUCACAUUAUUCGUAGUAAAACAUCGUCAGAUUCACCAUGACUUUGAGAACACCAUCAUUGAUCUGUCCUUUGUAUUCUGCGGAUUUGCUUUACAGAUCUAUCUGCUGCUUUUAAUAAGAACUGAAUUAAAGAAACUUCAGACUGGCCAACUGAGUUUCAUUAAUCACGUAUCAGAAGUCAUUGUGGACGCCCCCCACUGGGGCCAAGGACGAAAUCCUCUAUAAUUUACUCAGAUUCUUCAAAGUUUUAGUAAUAAAAAUCUGCAGUAAGA